GCAACAAGGAGGCAAGCUAUCAUGGGCAACUGCAGUGGUCUUCAUUGUAGAAGUGUAACAAUCACGAUGGUCAAAUGAACUCAAGAUAACGAGACAAGUGUAACGAUGAGUCAGGCAGACAUCAUUUUCACUAUCAUGCGGCGAUGGUGAUGGCUACUUGCAGGGAAAGAUCCAUGGAGCUGAAGAAGGAUCGCAGAUUUGAUUCCAUGGGCGCUGCUCAUGAAGGGAUAAAGACGGUGGCCAUCGAAAAGGUUUGUGAGUUCUCCACCAGCUCAGUUACUUGUGUCUGCAUAGUGACAUGGAACAUGAAUGGAAAGGCAUCCUCGGGCGACAUGGCGGAGCUCAUCGGCUGGCACAGAAGGUUUGAUCUUUUAGCGGUAGGGUUGCAGGAAGUCCCAAAGCAUGACGUCGGAGUGCAGUUGCAGGCUGCUCUUGCCGAAACCCACCGGUACUUCAUUCUUACUGCUUCAUAUCUUGUGGAACUUCUCAUAUACCGUCCUUCUUUUAGCCUCUUGGCAGCAGCGACGAUGCAAUCGCUGCAACUGUUUGUGUUCGGCCCCAAAAACUCCCAACCCUUCGCGAAAGAGACGAGGGUGGACAAGCACGCAGUCAGAGGCUGUGGAGGGUUGGUAGGAAGGAAGAAGGGAGCCGUGGGCGUGCAUAUCGAGUUCAAUGGAAUCCGCAUGGUCUUCAUUUCCUGUCAUCUCUCAGCUCAUGCGCGCAACGUGGAGGAGAGGAACUCCCAGUGCAGGCACAUCUCCCACUCGCUCUUCGCCAAGGACGGGAAUCCAUGUCGGAGGCAUUGCCAUGUGACGGUGUGGAUGGGAGAUCUCAACUACAGAUUGCAGGGAAUCAGCACCCACCCAGCACGAAGCCUGAUCCGUACUCUGCGUUACGUGAUGACGAUGCAGCUGUUGACGAGCAAGGACCAGCUGCUCCGAGAAGCGGAAAGCGGGGAAGUGUUCGAUGGGUACUGCGAAGGGAGCUUGUCGUUUAAGCCGACGUACAAGUACGACGUGGGGAGCAACAACUACGAUACGAGCUACAAGGUCAGAGUGCCUUCGUGGACCGACAGAAUCUUGUUCAAGAUCGAUAGCUCAUCGGGGAUCGAUGCGGCGUUGCACUCCUACGAGUCGAUCGAUCGAGUCAAGACCUCUGACCAUAAGCCAGUGAGGGCCCACCUGUGUUUGAAGGUAUCAAACAUAACAAAUGAAUUUGGAAGACAACAUGGAUAGCAGAACAGGGAAGAGUACCAGUGGAGCAAUCAAUGCCAGCAAAGCC